AUCUCACCGCGUCCUCCGCCCGUUCGCCGCCCGAAUCCAAGGGACAGCGGGGAGGGAGGGACAGGCAGGCAGACAGGCAGGGAGGGGGCGAGCCCUCGCCUCCCCCGCCCCGCCCCGCCCCGCCCGCCGGCGAUGGCCGACGGCGAGCCCUCCGGCGCGUACAGGGAGUUCAAGGCGCUGGUGGAGGCGGCGGACCGCAAGUUCGCGCGCGCGCGCGACCUGCCGCUCUACGGCGGCGGGGACCACCACAGCCGCAAGGCCUUCAAGGCCUACACGCGCCUCUGGCGCCUGCAGCAGGACCGCCGCCGGGACCUCGUCGCCGCGGGCCUCCGCCGCUGGGAGAUCGGCGAGGUCGCCUCGCGGAUCGGCCAGCUCUACUACGCGCGCUACCUCCGCACCGCCGAGCCGCGCUCGCUCGUCGGCGCCUACGUCUUCUACGAGGCCAUCUACAGCCGCGGCUACUUCGCCGCCCCCGCCCCCGCCAACGCCAACGCCUCCGCGGCCGCGGGGGGCGGCGCCAAGCACCAGGGCCUCCUGAUCCGCUACAAGGAGCUGCGCUUCAUCGCCCGCUUCCUCGUCGUCGCCAUGCUCAUGCGGCGGGCCGAGGCGGUGGACCACCUCGUCGCCCGCCUCCGCUCGCUCGUCCAGGAAUCCAAGUCGGCCUAUCCCAAAACCAACUUCAAGGAAUGGAAACAAGUGCUUCAAGAGCUUGACAGAUUCUUGAAAGCUGACGGAGCAUACAAAGGAUCUAGAUCACUUAGAUAUGAUAACUUGUUUGAUUCUUAUGCAUCAAACCUUGCAUCAAUAGCAAGAUUCCAUUCGAAAAGAGUACUGAAACUGAAGGAAGCUGUAUUAACAAGUUACCACCGAAACGAGGUCAAGUUCACAGAGCUAACUUUGGACACUUUCAGAAUGCUACAGUCUUUAGAAUGGGAGCCCACAGGGUCUUAUCAGAUAGCUGUUAAAGAACUUACAGAAAAUGGCACUAUGAGUGAUCAGAGUGGACCCUCUGGUCUGAUCGAUAUUCACCUUUCUACAGAGAUCUCUGAUGGAAAUCUUCCUUCAAAUCCUCAAAGAGCAAUCAUAUAUCACCCUACAGUCUCUCAUCUUAUGGCGGUUCUUGCCACAAUCUGCGAGGAGCUUUCUCAAGAUAGCAUUUUGCUAAUUUAUAUAUCAGCAUCAGGCCUUGCUGAUCAGAAUGCAUAUCAUAAGUAUGCAUCUAGCUCUUCAUCACGCUCGAGGCCUGCUUCUGCUUUCUCAAUCGAUAAGCCAAAUUCACAUACCGGUUCAGAUGAUCAUGUAUGGCUUGGUCCUCGUGGAAAUGGUGGUCCAAACAAUCUUUAUCCAGAAGAUCUGAUACCAUUUACAAGAUACCCACUUUUCCUUGUAAUUGACAGUGAAAAUAGCCAUGCAUUCAAGGCCAUACAUAAUGCAGAGAAGGGAGAGCCAGCUGCCUUACUUCUUUCUCCUAGGAUUGCAUCGGCCAUGCCUGGUGUAGAAUCAGGCAAUGGAGGCCAAUUUACAUACUUCCUGACUGCUCCGAUGCAAGCCUUCUGCCAAUUAGCUGGAAUAACUCCCGACAUUGACAGCGAUACAUAUGCUAAUGCGGAGAAUAUACUUUUCUCUGCUUUGGAACAGUACGAAGAAAUCCUCAGCACAUCUGUUGGAUUGAACAUUGUCUGGGGUCAAAUUUUACCUGAUCCAUUUCUCAGGCGCCUGAUUCUCAGGUUUAUUUUCUGUCGAGCAGUGUUAUUCUAUUUCCAUCCUGAGGAGCAUGGCGAACAUCUACCAACCUGCUUACCCAGUCUUCCUGAGUCGGUCUCUCCAAACGCCAAAGCCAUCAAGACUCCCAUCCUUCUGCUUGCAGAAAACCUUGUUGUCAGCAAUCGGUUUCAUUUCGGCAACAGGACAUGAUGAUCAAGUGCAAUAACACAGGCUUUCUGUAGAUACCUCCUUGGUAAAUAUGGUCCAGCUAUUUGUUGAUUGUUUAGCGUUUAUACAGCCAGCGAUGGAUGAGUCGGUGUCAGCGAGCUAUAGCCUUCUGCAGCCUGGUUGAGGUGAAUGAUGAUAAUAGGAUGGUUUUGUGUGCUGCUUCAUCUCCGUUGCGCAUCUGUAAAAGUUUGUUUAGGGGUUUGCCUUGCUUUGCUUUGCUCUAGGUAGUGUAGGGUUUCUCCUUCCUUCUCUUUUGACUUGUGUCAGGAGAUGGCAGUUUGUAAGCUGGAAGAGGCAUUUUUUUAGUGCUCUAGAAGGCAGAUUAUUUUUUUAGGCUUAGCUUAAUAUGUUGAAAGUAUUUUAGCUCCA